CGUUCCUGUUAAGGAAGGCCCAUUGGACCCGCUCGUGGUUCACGCAAGGAUGGCAGCUUUCGUAUUGAGGACUGCACACACAUCUCAUCGCAAAACUCUCUCGAUAAAUGACGUAAGAAACAGCAACGCAAAUUUCAAUUGCGCUCCUACGCAAAUGGCACCAAAUUGCAAUAGAAAUCUUUGCUAUCAUUUGAGAUUCCGAACAUUUGACGGCACCUGCAACAAUCUUGAAAAACCAAUGAUUGGCUCGGCUUUUAGCGCUCUUAUGAGAUUAAAGACGCCCAACUACGAUAAUGGCCUCAAUGCACCAACGUCGUCAUUUUUGCGAACUCGCCCAUCGUCGCGCGAUGCAUCACGUCUUCUUCUUUCCUCGCCGUCGCAGAUACCACACCAUUCAAAUGCACUUCUGAUGCAGUGGGGACAAUUUACAGCUCAUGACAUUGCUAAAACUACAAUGUUGAACAACCAGGAGUGCGCCGCCUGUACAUCGAAUAAAGGACGAUGCUUCUCGGUUUUCCUUUCGAGAGCUGAUCCAACCAAUUUCCGUGAACAAUUCAAUGAGAAUACCGCCUUUAUUGAUGGAUCUCAGAUUUAUGGCAGCAGUGAUCGCGAUCAGUUCCUCUUCCGCCAAGGCGCCUUCUUGAAGACGAAACUGGUCAAGAACAGGGUUUUUCCUCCUAUUGAUACUAAUAUGAAUGUGGUUGCUGGUGAUGAUAGAGCGAAUAUCUUUGUCGGGUUGGCUGCGCUACAUACGCUUUUCCUAAGAGAGCACAACAAGUUAUUUACUGAGCAAAUUACGGUAUUUGAGAUUGUACGAAGACUGAGAGGUGCUGAUAUCUCUUCGUAAAA